CUUCAGGCGCGCCCCCCUGCAAGACCGCACUCGUCAGGGGGUCGCCGCGCGCGGCGACGGUGCGCCGCCCCCGAUGGAGCUUGCGCGCUUGCCGCCGCUCGGCGGGCUGGCGCCGCGCGCGACGCCGGCCAAGGAGGCGGCGGUCAUCGCCACCGCUCUGCUUGCCAUCAACGCCCCGGUCGUCACGCCCCUGCUCCUUGCGUGGCUGUGGAGGCGCUCCCGCGGCAGGUCGGACGCCGCGGGCGCAGACGACGCGAAGGGCCCGCGCCGCGCCCGGGCGCUCUUCUGGGCCCUCCUCCUGGCCUUCGUGGCCCUCGCGCUGGCGCCCAUGCGGCCGCGGCCAGGCCUCAUGCAGUCAAGGUUUUGGCGGUGGUGGCUGGAGUACUUCUCCGUGCGCGUGGUGCACAAGAGCGGCAAGCCGCUGCCGCUGGGGCAGUACUUCUACUGCUUCACGCCGCACGGCCUGUACCCCUUCAGCGGGGCAAUGGCGUGCGUGUCCAAGAUGGUCGACGUCUUCCCCAGGAUGCGCAUCAUCAGUGCCGCGGUCGGCACGCGGGUACCGAUGGUGCGACAGCUGAUGGGCUGGAUCAACGUCGUUCUCGCCAACCGCAACGCGAUCCGCUCCGCGCUAAGCGCGGGCGACUCAGUGGCGGUGUUCCCCGGCGGCAUUGCCGAGAUGGUGCGUACCAGCGCCUCCUCCGAGCAGCUGGUGCUGCAGGGCCGCAAGGGCUUCGUGAGGCUGGCGCUGGAGCACGGCGUCCCCAUUGUGCCAGUCUACGUGUUCGGCCAGAGCCUGUCCCGGAGGUGUGCGCCAUCCCGCCGCCCCAAACGUGCGCCACAAGGUCGGUGCACUCGCGCAGGACGUCGGACGCGGAGUCCAUGUCGGUGGACAUGCAGAUCUUCGUCACGACGCAGACUGGCAAGGCUGCUGCGCGCGAGCCUCGUGCUGCCCUACGGCCGGUUUGGGCUGCUCGUGCCGCGGCGCCUGCCGCUGCUGUACGCCGUGGGGGACCCCAUCGGGCCGGCCGUAGGCGCCGGCGCGGCCGGCGUGACGCAGGAUCAGGUCGACGCGACGCACCGGGCCGUGGUGGAGGCGGUGCGGGACCUGUACGAGCGCUACAAGGGAACCUACGGCUGGGACUCCCGCGAGCUCGUCGUGGGUUGACUUGGGGAGGCGGCCGACUGCAAAUCCAACCUCUCGUCGAACGGCAACACCGACAGCCAGCCGACGGCGACGCAGGCCGCCAGUCAGACGGCAACGCAGGCAGCGCGCGACUACCGCUCCGACGGCCAGACCGACCUCCAGUCCGUCGACACCGCUGGAGGUGCCGUUCGCCCGCGAGCGUGAGCAGUCGGUACGAUUGGGAUGGGUAUCCACACGAUGGUGUCGAAGAUGGACGGCAGUUCCUGUCCACUGUAAGCACUACUCGUUGGUGGUGCCGCAGCGGGCGUUGUCCGUCUGAGGCAGAGAGCGGCCACUGUCGGCUUGGGAGAGCGUUUGCUGUUGUGCGCUGAGCAGGAGCUUUUCCGUCCCUGCCGAGCGAAGGCGUGCAAAAGGUAUUUUCGAUGCCGCGUGGGCUUCGGGAUACUUGUCGGGCCUCUUGGGGGGGGAGGGGUGCUCGGGGGGCCUGUUUGGCGCCUCUGGCGUGGCGGUCUCGAGGGGAAUCUGGGCACGAGAGGACUUGUGCGGGCAGGCUCGGGCUCACCCCUCGGGGGCCGACGUCGCCGAGAAGCAUCAUGCCGCUCGGUCGAGGGAACGACGACCCAAAGCGAGAGUUGCGGCGACUCAGACCUCCUGCCUGUUCUUAUGGGCCUGUUUUCCACCACCACCACCACCAUAUGUUGGAGGGGCUGGGGGUCCUCCUCCUCCUCUUCCUCCUUCUCCACCUCCGCCUCCUCCCCUUCUUCCUCCUACUCCUCCACCUCCUUCCCUCCUCCAACUUGUGGUGGUGAAGGUGGAAAACAGGCCCAUCAUGUUCUCGAGUCGUCGCGGCACAGGUCCUCGCUUCAGGGCCGCCUGAGCGGACGGGUGGACCGUGGCCGCGGCUGCACGGGGAGAGGCGCGCGGGAGAACCCGCGACCGCCCAGUGGCAAAGAAGUUGCUU